AUGGCGACGACGGCUGCACCAGCGCUGCUGGAGGCUGCGCACCAGCCCCUGCUGGAGCGGCUGCUCGGCAGCGUCUCCCCGGGGUGGGAGGCCGUCGCCACUGCCGCGACCGCAGCCGCCCUGCUCCUGGCCUGGUGGGCUCUCAACAGGCGCGCCACCUACGACCUGGACAGGGUGCCCGGCCCCUGGCGGCGGGCGCUGCCGGUUGUGGGCAACGUGUUGGACUGCCUGCGGCCAGACUUCCACCGCGUGCUGGCCGCGUGGGCCGAUGAGUACGGCGGCGUGUAUCGCAUGAAGUUCCUGUGGCGAGACACCCUGGUGGUCACCGACCCUGACGCCCUCGCCGUCAUCAUGGGGCGCGGCGAGGGGGCCCUGGACAAGGCCGCGGCGGCGUACGCGCCCAUCAACACGAUGUGCGAGCCCCACGGCCAGCCCAACCUGCUGACGUCAGCGGCCGACGACAACUGGAAGGUGGUGCGCAAGGCGGUGGCGGCGUCGUUCGCGUUCCAGAACAUCAAGAAGAAGUUUCCCAUGGUGCUGGGCCGUGUCAACGAGCUCAUCACCCGCGUGGCGGCCCAGGGCCCUGACGCGUCCAUUGAUGUCGACCAGGCGGCCCUGAGGGUGACCCUUGACGUCAUCGGGCUGGCGGGCUUUGGCCACGACUACCAGUCAGUCAAGCAGGACACACCCGCGUACAGCCACAUGCUGCGUGUCCUGCCCCGCUGCUUCACCGAGGUGAUGCUGCGGCUGGCCAACCCCCUCAGGGCCGUGGUGCCAGGGCUAUUCAAGGGCGGCCCCAAGGGCGGGGCGGCGUUCAGGGAGUUCCAGGAUCAGAUGCGCUUCCUGCUGAACAAGAUCAAGGACGGGGAGCCGUCAGACGACAACACCGACAUCGGGGCUCAGAUCUGGCGCGUCCUGCGGGACCACCCCGAGAUCUCAGAGGACCGCAUGCUGUCAGAGAUUGGCAUCCUGUUCGUGGAGGGGUUUGAGACCACGGGCCACACCACCAGCUGGACUCUUUUCAACAUCGCCACCCACCCCGAGGUGCAGGAGCGCAUUGCAGCUGAGCUGGACGCCCAGGGUCUGCUGCACAAGUGA